UGUUCGCCAUUUUUUAUUUCAUUCCGUUUUAUGUCGGCGUGGUCGAAUGUUGAAUGUAUUACGGAAGCGUCGUGAAUUGAAGAAAAGCCUGCUAAAUUAGUCAUCAAAAUGGAGUCUAGAGGCAAGGGAAGGGGAAAUCGAGGGCGUGCAAGAGGAAACGUACCUCAGCCGCAGGAUGUAACGGCGCCGGGGCAAGCUCGUCCUCCUCAAGGAGCGCCGCAGGGUGCGCGUGGAGGUAGACCAGCGGGCCCAACUCCCCAAGGCCCACCAACGCAACCAGGACCGCCUGGUGCGUGGGGUGCAAGGGCCCAAGGACCCCCACCACAACAACAACAGGCGGGAUGGGCUGCCAGGCCACUGGCACCGGAAAUUCCUCAACCCGCAUCAGUUACUUUGGGCCGGGGCUCCAGGCAGGGAGGCUCCGAAGCAAGACAAAUUACAGAUGAGACUAUGCAAGUGCAACAAGGAGGAGACGCCGAUAAUGGCCAAACCAGAGGAGGAAAUGGUGGUGUUAGAGGUCGUACAAACAGAAAUGAGAUUAUUAACACAAAGCCCGACACGUGCAAAACCAAAAAGGGUAGUGAUGGUACUGUUAUCAGACUUAAGGCUAAUUACUUCCAGUUAAUAUCAGCAACUAAGUGGGGAUUAAAUCAGUACCGAGUAGAUUUCAAUCCACCAAUCGAUGAUACAAGAGCAAGAAAAAAGUUAGUUGCAAACGGUAUCAGACCUUUCCACGUUACUGGUUAUCUAUUUGACGGAUCAGUUUUGUAUACCCCUAAUCGCUUACAUCCUGAGCCCUGUGAGUUUGUGUCGCUAGACGAAACAACUCAGCAAAACAUCAAAGUGGAAAUUCGAUUGGUAGGAGAGGUCCACUGGGGUGACUACCAUUACUUGCAACUUUUUAAUAUCAUAAUUCGAAAAUGUUUCAACUAUAUGAAUUUCCAACUUCUGGGACGAAAUUAUUUUGACCCCAAUCUCAAAGUUUCAAUUCGCGAUCACAAUUUAGAGUUGUGGCCAGGAUUUCUAACUUCAAUGAAACAAUAUGAGCAGAACAUCAUGUUGAAUGUGGAUCUCUCGUUCAAAGUAUUGAGAACUGAUAAAGUUUACGAUCUACUCCUGGACUGCGGCUCCAGUCGUGAUCCACGACAAGAAUUCCAAAAAAGGGUAAUCGGUUCGAUUGUCCUCACAGAAUAUAACAAUAAAACCUACCGUAUUGAUGAUGUGGAUUUCAAAAAGAACCCUGACGACACAUUCACGAAACGUGAUGGUACACAAAUUUCUUACAGAAAAUAUUUUCAAGAGCGUUAUCAAGUCAAGAUCCAACAUAAUGAUCAACCUUUAUUGGUUUCAAAAUCUAAGGCGCGUGAAAUACGCGCAGGAAUGCCAGAGCUGGUGGUUUUGCUGCCUGAACUCUGCAUAAUGACCGGAUUGUCGGACAAGCAGCGAGAAAAUUUCCAGCUAAUGAAGGCUAUGGGUGAACACACUCGCGUUAGUGCAGGAGACAGGAUGAGAAAGCUCUUGCAAUUUGCGCAGCGCCUUCGAGCCUGUCCCACUGCUUUGGAAGAAAUUAAGCGUUGGGACCUUCAGUUAGCAGACAAUUUAAUUGAAUUCCAAGGAAGGGUCCUACCUGCGGAAUCCCUUUUGUUGAGAAAUAAUCAGCCCAUCCAAGGCGGAGAAGAGGCUGACUGGACCAGAAACUUGCGUACCGCCCCCAUGUACAACAUUGUAAAUGUUGACAAACUAGCAAUUAUCGCGCCAAGUCGUGUAGCUCAAGCCGCUCAAGAGUUUGGACAAAUGUUGUCCAAAGUUGGCAAAGGCAUGUCCAUGGUAAUAAAUUCCAAAGUCUUCGCUAUUUCCGAUGACCGUAACAGUAGUUAUAUUUCUGAAAUCGAGAAAGUACAUGCUCAAAUGAAACCUAGUAUGGUUAUGGUAGUUCUCACCAAUAACUCUGGUGAUAGAUACAACUCUGUCAAGAAGAAAUGCUAUAUUGACAAUGCCCUGCCUUGCCAGGUUAUGGUAGCAAGGAAUUUGACCAGCAAGGGUGCUAUGUCAAUUGCUACUAAAGUAGCAAUUCAAAUGAAUUGUAAAAUGGGCGGAGCUCCAUGGGCAACAAGCUUGCCUAAAAACACCAUGGUUGUUGGCUAUGAUGUGUGUAGGGACACAGCACAAAGAACGAAAAGUUUUGCUGGAAUGGUUGCUUCAAUGGACCAAGCUUGCACUCAAUAUUACAGCAUGGCAACUGAACAUGAAUUUGAGCAAGAACUGAGUUCAAACAUUGCUAGUUUUAUGCUGUUGGCAUGCAAAAGAUUCCAACAAAUAAACAAGGUGAUUCCGGAAAGAAUCAUUGUUUAUCGAGAUGGAGUUGGGGAUGGGCAAAUUCCAUACGUCAAAGAGCACGAAGUCGAUGUUAUUAAAACAAAAUUAUCUGAAGAACUAUACAAAAGUGCUCCAUUAAAGAUGGCAUACAUUGUUGUUUCCAAAAGGAUCAACACAAAAAUUUUCAGAUCACAGGCGGGCCAAAGGAAUGACUUCAAUCCUCCACCUGGUACGGUAGUUGAUGAUGUCAUAACAUGGCCGGAAAGAUACGACUUUUACAUAGUUUCCCAAUGUGUGCGACAGGGAACUGUUGCCCCUACCAGUUACAACAUCAUUGAAGAUACGUUGGGCAUUGACGCUAACAAAAUACAAAGAUUCACAUAUAAAAUGUGUCAUAUGUACUUCAAUUGGUCUGGAACCGUUAGAGUGCCAGCACCCUGCCAGUAUGCCCACAAGCUGGCGUUCCUGACUGCCCAAUCUUUGCAUAGGCCAGCAUCCUCGGCUCUCAGCAAUACCCUUUACUACCUGUAAAGGGUGAAGGAAAGUUCUACAAAGUAUUUCAGUAUUUUGGGGAAAGAUCCCCAGUUUUCUUUAGUUCUUCAUAGUUUAGGGGUCUUAGUUUUUAAUGAUUUAAAUGUUUCGUUCUGACUAUUACAUUAAGUAUUGAAGACUACAUUUUUUUAUUUUUAUUUUAGUUGCUUAUUUAUCCAUAUCAUCUCAGGUAACACAUACACAGCUUGCAUUUAAAAUAAAGACAAUUAUUUUUAGAAAGGCAUUUUAAGUUUAAUUUUUUUUUUUGUCUGUGAAUUGUGUUUCUCAUGACUGAUCUGAUACUAAAGAAAUAUUUUAGAUCUAGUUCAAUCUACCAAUAUGUAGGUACUUUAUAAGUUUUUAUGAGGAAAUUACUUUUAAUUUUUGGGACUUUUUAUUUUAUUUUUUCUUCUGGAUUUAUUUUCUUUUGAAUUGAUAUCUUUUAAGUUUAAGUUAAAUUUCCUGUUUGAGAAUUCUAUUAUCAGACUUGCCGGGUGCAAGUUGUUCUUUAGGGCUCGAGAUUUGAGUACCAAACCCCUUUAGUUAUUUAAGAUAUUUGUGAUACUGUUAUUUUUGUACAAGUUUUGCAAUAAAAUGUUGAAAAGCGAUAA